AUGGCAACACAUGAUUUUACAGCAGCCAAGUACCAAACUCAGGUCGCAAUAUAUUGUGGCAGCAUUCCCAAACUAAAAUCUGGAUGCAAGCCAUCUAGAGGAGGAAGCAUUGAUUCCAGUUUGCAGCUCCAUGGGAAUGGAUGGAUGACAGCAAAAGAGGCAUCUCUUCGUUCAUUAAAAAAGCAAUCAUGUUUGUGGGGAAGCAAAGGAGAACCUCCAGAUGUUUCCUGUCUGGAGAGCUGGGAGAGUACAAAUGGCCUUCAGAAGAAUACAGAUAGCACGGUCAUGGAUGACUCUUCACAGAUACCUAGUGCCCAGCCAAAGUACAGUCUCAGUGAGUUGGAGGUGAACAGUGCAGCCAUGGAGACUGCUCAGAUCAAGGACAAGCUCAAAAAAAGAAGAAUGUCUGAAGGCCUUCUGGCAUCUAAAAAAGGCUUGCUGGACUCUGCUGUUCCCAAGGCACUUGCCCUGAAACCAGCCAUUUCCAGAUCUGCUUCUCAAAGACUUCUGGUCACUUCCAAGCCCAUGCCUCCUAUUCAGAGCAUACCGACCACCCCAGAGACUAACAUUGCUCAGGAAAGAGAGCAACAUGUGAGGGAGAAUGGUUCAGGCUCUUUACAGGUUGAAGGGGUUAAUCCAGAAUUGACAACAUCCACCCAGCAGAUUCUGCAUGGUUAUGAUGAGAACCCAAGAAAGUCCUUAGGUGCUGCCUUGAUCCCACCCAUUCCCAAGUUAGCAAAGGCAUAUGAAGAAAAUUCUCAGAACUCUGCAGAACCGUUUCCAAGCUUGUCACUGAUAGAAUCUGUUCCACUUACUAUAGAUGAGUGUCCCAGAACAAGGUCAUUGUCAGAGCCUGAUAAUGGUGAAGACAACAGCCAAAAACCACUGGAAACUGAAGUGUCUCAACCUGCUUUCCAAAAUGGCUUGCCUGCAGCUUUAAAGGUUGCUGGAGGACCACUGGAAUCCUUAUUGCCAUUGGCCACCUCCUCCCUCAGUCUGGCCAAAGAAGGAGGCCUGCUUUCAAAUCCUCACCUGUUAAAAGACGAUGAGUGGAAAGAGAGCAAUGGAAGGAUUCAUGUGACGAUAUCCAAGUCAGCUCAGGAGAAAAUGCGUCAGAAGCAGCUAAAGGAGAUAGAGUUCUUGCGCAAAGAAAAGGAAAAGGAGAAAGAGAAAGAGAGAGAAAAGGAAAGAUCCACAAAAAUCCAGGAACAACAGCCAAGAAAUGCUCUGGAGGGAUCCAGCUGGCUUAACAACAAUGGGGCCAUUCCUGUUACCCUCAACCUGAAAAACCCUUGCAAAGCUUCUGUCGGAAUGGCCUUAAGGAAACGAGUGAACCGGCCCUCUUUGCCCAGCAUCCCUGCUAUCAGCCAAGAGAGCAGUUUCUUGAGACAUGCAUCAGCUAAUUCCCUGCCAGCGAAUCUCCAGCACUCUCCGGAAUGGGAAGAGGACCUUGUAAAUAGGGAUGCCUUUGAAAUAAGGCCAUUGUCUCACCCAGAACAUGAGUUAAUCGAUGCUCUGAAGUGGCUCAGUAGCAAUGAUUGGCACCUGAAGGAAAAAGGACUCUUCAACAUCAUAUGCUUGGCUACCUGCCAUUCAGAAGUUCUGCAGGGUAGACUUCAUGAUGUUUCCUUGGCAGCUACAAAAGAGGUUAGCAACCUACGGUCUAAAGUGUCUAGGUUUGCUAUCAGGACACUUGCUGAAUUGUCCAAAGCCAUGAGGAGGCACAUGGAUCAAGAAGUUGAAGAGAUUUCUCGAGUCCUGCUCCAGAAGGCCGGUGAUACCAGUGAAUUCAUCCAGAGAGCAGCUGACCAGUCCUUAGGUAUCGUGGCACAGAGUGUGACUCCUUCACGAGCGAUGACAGCCCUCAUGGCCAAUGGACUGAGCCACCGAAACCCCCUUAUUCGAAAAUGUGCUGCUGGACACUUACUGACAGUCAUGGAACAAAUUGGGGCCGAGAAACUGCUCUCGGGCAACCGGGAGAGUACAGAACUGUUAGUGCAGACAUUAGUCAAGGUGGCUCAGGACUGCCAUCAAGACACAAGAUGUUAUGGCCGGAAGAUGCUGAACAUGCUUAUGUCUCAUUCAAAAUUUGAUGGGUAUUUGAAACAAAAUCUACCGUCACAUGACCUGCGGGAUGUCAUGGCUGCAAUUAAACAGAAAGGGACAGAAGAUCAGGCCUCCCAUGCUCCUUCUGCCAAAAGCUACCGAGGAUCAAAGAGUGGCAGUUUGACCAUCUCACUGGACAGCCUGUCUUCAGGAGAAGGGUCUACCUCUGAUGCUCUUAACCUCUCGCAGCCUACAGCUCGUUGCUCCUCACUUUGCAGCAUAGAAGUAAUGGAGCAGCUGAAGGAGCUGCUUAUGGCAAAGGAAUUUCAGAUACGAAUAGAUGGAAUAGCCUUACUAGCUGAGCAUUGCAAGAACAACCCUCAGUUUGUCUCCUCAAAUAUUGUGCAGAUUUUCGAUACUUUUACACUGAGGCUUCAGGAUUCCAACAAGAAAGUGAACCAGUAUGCGUUAGAAUCAGUUGUCUCUAUGAUUCCAGUCCUUAAAAAUGGCUUAAAUCCAGUCCUGUUCUCUGUGGUGACUAUAGUGAUGGACAACUUGAACUCAAAGAAUUCUGGGAUUUACAGUGCAGCAGUAAAGGUUCUGGACACAAUGAUUACUUAUUUAGAUAACCUGUUGCUGCUUCAAAUAUGUGCCAGCAGGGUGCGUUUUAUCACUGGCCGGGCUCUGCAGGAUAUCACGGAUCGUCUGGCAGGUCUUGUGGCUGUUGCUUAUCCACAGAAGCCUCAAGUCGCAGAACGUCACAUCCUUCCUGUUCUCUGGUAUUUCCUGAAUAACAUGAUUGGUAAUGGGGUAUUACCUGGGAAGAGUGGCAACGUGAGAACUGUGGUCUCUAAAUUGGCUAAAAGCUUGCACAAACAAAUGGGGCUGAAACUUGAGGAAUAUGCUUCCAACCAACCACAGCAUGUGAUCAAACUCUUUCAAGAUCUUCUGGAUAUGGAUCUCCAGUGAAGAAAGCCUGAUACUGUCUCUGGGACAAUUAUAGUGUGACAUUUCAAGGGAGAACAGAAAUGAAGUGAUGGACAAAGAUA